AUGGGUAGAGGAGAGACGAACGCAAAGAAGCGGAAGCGCCAGGCCGAAGCCAAUGCCACUGGGAAUGCCGAUUCCACUGCCAAUGGACAAACUUCCAACGGGAAAGUGACCGCUGCUGAUGCGGUUGAUACUUCUAAACCUACAGCUGUAUUUCAGCCCAAGAAAGGUCGAGAUUGGACAGUCAGUGUAGCUUUACCGGGAAGUAUUAUUGCCAACGCUCAAAGCCAUGAUCUAAAAACAUCUAUGGCGGGUCAAAUUGCCCGCGCCCUCGCAGUUUUUUGCGUCGACGAAGUCAUUGUCUUUGACGAUGGCAAUGCUCGUCCUGCGAAAAAGCCUAAACAUCCAGCCACUCAAUCCCAUAGUUCUCAGCAGAAGCCGCCUCUGGAAGACGAGUACACGGCAAAAUCAGAUCCCGAUCAUUUCCUUACCCAUCUACUCAGCUUUCUAGAAACACCCCCAAAUUUACGAAAGCAUCUAUUUCCAAUUCAUGAGAACUUAAGAACGGCAGGCGCAUUGCCUAGUAUAGAUUUACCACAUCACUUGAGGGCAGACGAGUGGUGUAUGUAUAGGGAGGGUACCACAUUACCUGGCGCAGAUGAACAUGGAACGUUUGUGGAAGCAGGAUUAAGAAUACCAGUCACAGUGGUGGAGCAGAUACCAGCAAAUAAUAGAGUCACUCUGAAAUUCGACGCGGAAGGGGAGAAGGCCGCAAAAGAUAAAUCUUGUGAUAUUAUCACAGCAGAAGCUGUGAGUCCAGAAGAGCCAAGAGAAGAGGGUGGCUACUAUUGGGGAUGGAAUGUUAGGAGAGCCGGAUGUCUAAGCGACGUGUUCACAGAAUGUGGAUACGAUGGAGGCUAUGAUAUGACUAUUGCAACCUCUGAGCGAGGCGUUGAUGUCCAAGAUCUAUAUGAUGAUGAGGAACAGAAGGUAGGGAAGUUCAAGCACCUACUAGUCGUAUUUGGUGGCGUUGCAGGCCUAGAAGUGGCUGUUAAGAAUGAUGGAGAACUACAGAAAUUGGGUGUUGUGGAGGCAAAGGAUGUCUUCGACAGAUGGAUAAAUGUGUGUCCUGGUCAGGGAAGUCGAACUAUUAGAACCGAGGAAGCUGUUUGGAUAGGCCUGAUGGGCUUGAGACGAUUAGUUGUCAACAACGAAUAA